CUUCUUCGACUGGGAGAAAUGCCUUUUUAAAGUGAACGGCUGCACUCUUUUCACAAAGUUUUUUUUUUUUUUUUCCCCCCUUUCACUCUUGACAGUUGGAGUUGCAAGAAGUGCAUUGUCCUGGUUGGAUUUCUACAACAAACCCGGGUUUCAAAAGCCAUAAGCUUCUUUUUUGAAGACUUCUAGGAACUUUCAGAGAAGCAGGUUGUACUGUCUGUAUGAAGAAAUCAGCAUUUCAAGUAUCCGUCUGUUUUCACCAUUUAAAAAUGCCACAGAAGUCGCCUACUGAUGAAAAAGACAAAAUAAUGCAAUCACUUGGGUUAUUAAAUCCUACUUAUGCUUUGUAAAGAGUGAAAGACUUGGAAUGGAAAGUCGACCACAUCAGCCAGAUACAGAAUCUUUGCCGCCUUCUGUCAUUACUCGGCAGAAUUCCUCCAUGGUCUGUGAUGGUGAUGUACAGUCCUGUCGAUGUGAAGCUAACAUGGAGGAGUGCAGUAGCAAAUCUGCGAUUAAUUCUCGUAAUGCUUCAUUUGAGAGACUGGGUAGUGUACUGUGUGAAGAAGAAACAUUAAAUUGUAAGACAGAUGCCAACCUAAAGACCGAAAGUAACUGCCAAGAUCUUGCUCAUCCAGCUGGAGAGUGUAAUAAGUAUACAGACUGUCCAUCAAAUCCUGAAGACUGUGAUUUCACCAACAAAAACGCAUUAAAUACGAGUGGCGAGCAUCGAAUAAUUAAGCACAAGCCCAGCUCAAUCACAUUUUCAGAUUGUGAAAUCUCAGGUAGUUGUCAAUCAAGUUGUAGCAAGGAGCUCUUCAUUGAUGAGGGUUCCGAUGCAGAUUCCUCUUCUUCUGGUGAAGAUGACAAUGAUGAUGAUGAUGAUGAUGUUUUCACUGAGCUUCCUCAACAUAAGCAAUUUGUUAUUAGCAGGCACAGAUGGGUAGUGAGACAUGAUAAAAAAAAGAAAAAGUAUGUUAAAAAAGAUUCUGGGGCUUCACAGACAGCCAGACAAGAAGAAAACCAGUCAUUCAGAUCUAGCAGUAGUGAAGCUGAAGAAGAGCUCGUCAUUAAAGAGAAAGAAGAUGUGCAAUCUCCAUGGACUGAAUCAAUGACACAACUUAUGAAGAAACUGGACCAACUGAAUCUUGACAUUGACGAAGCCUUGAGUUCAAACUCUUCUCCAUCUGAAACGCCAGCAGUUCAAAGGAAAAAUGCGUUUGCUCUUACUGUGGAUGCUUCGAUUACACCAGUUGCACAUAAGAAAAGGUUCCCCAAAAAUAAAGGGGGGCAAUGCGUGGACCAGGAUUCAUUAAUGGAGUCAUCACACUCAUUACUGGGGCCUGGAGCCAGACCGAAAGCUAAAGUUCCUCUGAAGAAAAGCAAAGAAAAAGCUGAAAUCGAAGCAAAAGAAGCAUGUGAUUGGUUAAGAGCGGCAGGAUUUCCACAGUAUGCCCAGCUAUAUGAAGAUUCCCAGUUCCCUAUUGACAUUUCUGCAGUGAAGAAGGACCAUGACUUUCUUGACAAGGACCUUGUCGAACCUUUGUGCCGGCGACUGAACACGUUGAAUAAGUGUGCCUCUAUGAAACUUGACGUGAACCUACCAAGGAAAAAAAGUGAAGACUCAGAUGAAGAAGACUUGUUUGCAAUCAGUGACAAAUGGACCUUCCAGAGGAGCAGCAGGAGGUGGUCCCGGCUGGAGGACAUUGACUCCUUUCUAUGCCGGUCGGACAGUCAGGGACCCAAGGGGAUCAUGACCCUGAAGAACACGACCAGCAGUGAGAGUGUGCUGACAGACUUGAGUGAGCCGGAGGUUUGUUCUCUCCAUAGUGAGAGUAGUGGGGGCAGUGACAGCAGAAGUCUAGCAGGCACAGCGAACUCAACCACAGAAGGAUCAGACAGUGCAAGACAGAACUAUGCAGAAACCACAAACAUGCCUGACUCCACCUUAGUCAUAGGCUCCUUACCACAACCACCCAAAGAUAUCUCAAACUGCACUCAUGCACUCAAGAAUGAGCGGAGAACCAGGGCCAAGGACUUUUUAAGGCGAAUGGAAAAUCUGAGAGGCAAAGGCACUUCCGGGAAAGCAAAGUGUUCUGGGAAACCAGACCUGAGCAUGAUCAGUGGGCCAGUCCUUCAACGGGAGCCUGAAUCCCUAAAAACUAUGCACUGUGUGGAUAUAAUUAAUGGUGAUCUGGAUGUCCUACCAAUGGAUGCAUCGCAUCCUGGAUUUCCUUUGCAGUCGAGUAGUGAAAGCAGCCAGUCAGAAACGAGUGGCAGUGCAGUGAGCACACCAAACCUGAAGGAACGCAAAGCUCACAGGGCUGCCCAUAAACGUAGUGGCAUGUACCUGGAAGACAUGGACAUUUUCUCAGGGGCCCACUUGCGAAAAGUGACUGAGCAGAAUCGACGUAACGAGUUCCGCUCCCAUGAGAGCCUGGUUGUGCACAUACCCAAGGACCAUAAGCCAGGUACCUUUCCCAAAGCGUUGUCCAUAGAAAGCCUAUCGCCGAUGGACUGUGGCUCAUCUGUGACUUGGCGCGCCAGUAGUGUUUGCAUAGAGCGGCCAAGGUGUCUACCACAUUCCAAAGAGCUUCGACCCACCACCCAGUGCUGUGCGAGGGGCAGCAGGAUUAGCAUUUAUGACAAUGUGCCAGGCUCCCAUUUAUAUGCCAGCACAGGUGAUCUGAUGGACCUAGAGAAAGAGGAUCUGUUCCCUCAUUUAGAUGACAUUUUACAACAUGUGAAUGGACUCAAACAGAUUGUGGAUCACUGGUCAAAAAAUGUUUUCCCUGAUUUACAGCCUGAUGGAAUGAUUCGUGGAGAGUCGGGGUCCCUGGCUUUUCAGUCGUCUAGCCAAAUUACACUUGACUUUGAAGGGAAUUCUGUUCUGGAAGGUCAGACGACGCCUAGUGACAGGUACAAAGAUGGGGUGUCCCUUAAUGAAUCUGAGACCGUGGGAAUGAGAGAAAGGAGGGACUCAGGAGUGGGAGCAUCACUUACCCGACCCAACAGACUCCGGUGGCCCAGCUUUCAGCUUUCCAACCACCGCAGUCAUCCCAUGGCCUCAUUCCAGAUCAGAAACCAGUGUGCUGCUCAACUCAAUCUGCUGCAGAAAUUCUCCCUUCUUCGUCUAACUGCCAUUAUGGAGAAAUACUCCAUGUCAAAUAAACAUGGCUGGACAUGGUCUGUACCAAGGUUUAUGAAGAGAAUGAAAGUGCCCGACUACAAAGACAAAAACGUCUUUGGUGUUCCUUUGAUAGUUCACGUCCAGAGGUCUGGUCACCCUCUUCCGCGGAGCCUGCAGCAGGCAUUACGCUACCUAAGAAGUCAGUGUUUAGAUCAGGUUGGACUUUUUCGGAAAUCUGGGGUCAAAUCCAGGAUUCAAGCUUUAAGACAAAUGAACGAGAGCUCCCCUGAGAAUGUAAAUUAUGAAGAUCAGUCAGCCUAUGAUGUAGCCGACAUGGUGAAACAAUUUUUCAGAGACCUCCCAGAGCCCCUUCUUACUAGCAAACUGGGUGAAACUUUCCUUCAUAUCUACCAAUAUGUGCCCAAGGACCAGAGGCUUCAGGCUGUCCAAGCGGCUAUCAUGCUGAUGUCUGAUGAAAACCGAGAAGUACUGCAGACCCUGCUGAGUUUCCUGAAUGAAGUGACAUCUGUCGAGGAGAACCAGAUGACCCCUAUGAACAUUGCUGUUUGCCUGGCUCCAUCUCUCUUUCACCUCAACAUACUCAAGAAAGAAAAUCUGUCCCCACGGGUAAUGCAGAAAAAAUAUGCAACAGGCAAGCCUGACCAGAAAGACCUAAAUGAAAACCUGGCAGCAACACAGGGACUGGCUCAUAUGAUCAUGGAGUGUGAUAGACUUUUUGAGAUUCCUCAUGAAAUGGUGACUCAGUCACGAAAUUCCUAUGUGGAGGCAGACAUCCAUGCAUUAACGAUGGAGGAGCUGGGCAAACAGUUGGAAGAAGAAGGAGGAGGAACGUAUCAGAGCUAUCUGGAAAACCUUAUCCAGGCCGUCUUCAAAGAAACAAGAGAGAAAAACAAAGCAUGGGUGUCCUGUUCUAGUACAAACAACACAGAAAUUGCCUAUAAAAAGGUUGGUGAUGGUAAUCCAUUGAGGCUCUGGAAAGUUUCUGUUGAAGUGGAGGCACCGCCAUCUGUAGUCCUUAACCGGGUCUUACGAGAGCGCCACUUAUGGGACGAAGACUUGCUUCAAUGGAAGGUGAUUGAGACCUUGGAUAAGCAGACUGAAAUUUACCAAUAUGUCCAAAAUAGCAUGGCACCUCAACCCAGCAGGGACUUUGUGGUGCUAAGGUCCUGGAAGACUGAUCUGCCAAAGGGUACCUGUGUCAUGGUAGCCAUUUCCAUCGACCAUGAAGAAGCCCCUCCAAUUGGUGGAGUAAGAGCAGUUGUUCUGGACUCCCAGUAUUUAUUAGAACCCUGUGGCUCUGGCAAAUCCAGGCUGUCUCAUGUGUGCCGAGUCGACUUAAAAGGGCGGACAUCUGAAUGGUACAACAAAGCCUUUGGAUAUCUGUGUGCCGCAGAAGCUGCCCGGAUCAGGAAUUCCUUUCAGCCAAUAACUACAGAAGGACCAGAAACCAAAAUCUAGAGGUGAUCCCUUUGGCUGUUUUCCCAGCAGAGAUAACUACUUUAGACAAUGUGCUUCAGUGUGAGCUGCCUGUGGAGGGGAAAAUGACAAGAAAAUAAAUUAAUAAAGAAAUAACUCAAGACUACAGGAAUGUCAUCUUCAGCCAGGCCGCUUGCAGAUUCAUCUAAAAAUUGUCUGAAGUGUGCAAGAGACCUUGGGGCCAUCUCAAGAGAGGAGCUUCUCCCACUCCGUGCUGCUGAACAUAACCUUGUUGUGCAUAAAUUGUUCCUUUUGUUUUUAAUUUUUUUUUCUUGAUUCCAAUCACGAGUGAUGUUAUUCUGCUUUAAACGUUUACACCUCAACUAACCACAUGGCUGUAGACAUGGCAUCUUCAGGCAGGACAAUGCACGUGUUCUAUAGCUCCUCAUCAGUGCAUAGCAGACUUCUAAUCUCUAGUGUUACAGAUCCGACUUUAUGAACAUGAAAUAGAGAUCUAAUGUAGAAAAAUACCUCAGAUAAGCAAGGAGAUAGAUUAAAGGUACAUGGAGUAUACUUUACAAAGAGACGAAGCUAAAGCAAAAGGUUCUUUCAACUGGCUGUACACAUUUAUGGCCUAGUGUAACGGGAACUACAGUACACCCUGCUCUCCAUCAGCUCUGAUCACCAAUGAAAUUGAUGUGUCUGUCUGAUUGUCUUUGGUUGGGUAUAGUGUAUACCCUUAAUGCCCUUUCUUGUUAUUAUAAAUGCUACAAUUUUCAUUAUUAUUAUUUUUGUUAUUGUUAUUAUUAUUAUUGUAUCAUACAAUGUCUAGGACAUUAUCUGUGCUUUGCACAAUAGAGCAAUGAAGAGCUUCUGAGAAGCAUGUUUAUUUUAUUAAUUUUAAAUACAAAUCUCUCUAUAUAUAAAAUAUAUAUAUACUGCAUAACUGUAUAUAUUUAAUGUUUUGUCAUUUUUGUGUUUGCAGAUUUACCUGCACUCUUUGCAUAUUACAUUGUUAUCUUAUUGACUGCCUAGUAUUUCCAAUUGUUAAAAGAAAAUAAAGGAAAAACAAACAUGUAAGCCGGUUUUA